UCGAACUAGUCUAAUUCCGUCUUGCUUGCGUGAUUCAACUCGCACAGAAAGUUGCAAUAAUGCAGACUGCACUCCGUUCACUGGCUCUUGCCUCCACGCUCCGUACUGUGCUACCGAAAGCAAACCAAGCCCAGCGUUUUCUCCAUACUGGAUCAAGACUCUUGGCAGCCCAAGUACAACAGCCUGCCCCAGAUUUCAGGGCAACGGCUGUCGUCGAUGCAGCCUUCAAGGAAAUUGGUCUUUCAGACUACAAGGGAAAAUACUUAGUACUCUUUUUCUACCCUCUUGACUUCACCUUUGUUUGCCCCACCGAAAUCAUCGCUUUCAGUGACAGAAUUCACGAUUUCAAAGCCCUCAAUGCCGAAGUGGUUGGUGUAUCUACAGACUCGCACUUUAGCCACCUUGCCUGGAUUAAUACUUCACGAAAGGAAGGUGGAUUAGGUGGUUUGAAUUAUCCAUUGUUGGCCGAUUUCCACAAGACAAUUUCUCGUGACUAUGGCGUCUUGAUUGAGAAAGCUGGCAUUGCUCUAAGAGGACUCUUUAUCAUUGAUCCUACGGGUGUUGUGCGCCAAAUAACCAUCAACGACCUCCCAGUCGGUCGUUCCGUUGAUGAAACUUUGAGGUUGAUCAAAGCCUUCCAAUUUUUCGAGAAACACGGCGAAGUUUGCCCAGCCAACUGGACUCCAGAUUCCCCUACCAUCAAACCCGACCCAGUCGGUUCAAAAGACUAUUUUAACAAAGUCCAUUGAAAUUUCAGAAUUGUGUAAUAAAAAUCUGUAGGUUUUUAACAAGCAUAUAUUGGGAAAAUACAUCAGUUGUAACAAGGAA